UUGGCAUCGUAUCAGCUAAUGUAGACACUAUUUAACACCAUCAAAUUUAUUUAUACUCUUUUUGUUUCUAAGAUCUAUAUAUUGUCAAAGGAAAAUUUGGCAAAAUAAACAGAACGUGCGUUAUAAAAAACUAAAAUGUUAAAGUAACUUAUUGAAUCUGUCAGUUUCUAUUGUGCUGGAUUUUUCAAACUAUUUAUUAAAGUUUAAAAAGGACGGUGGAAUGAAUAUAGGCGUUUUAAGACAAAAUUUGAAUACAUUUGUCUACUUUUACAAUACAUAAUGAAUGUCUUUGUUAAGCAUGAAAUUUAAAACAUUUUUUAACGUCACCACUUCGGUAAGAAUACACUGUGAGUACAAUGAGCAGUGAAAAAUCACUUUGUGAAAUGCAGUAUGCUUGCGUAUAUAUUAAAUUGAACCUCACUCUAUACAUCAUUAGUGUAUUAAAAUUUGCUACAGUCUGUUAUUUUCACUAGCCACGCGAUAGGACACAUUUACUUGUUAUUUUUAGAACGUGACUUUAAAAAUUUUUACAACAAAAUUAUAUACAUGAUUGAUAUGCGUACCCGUGUAACGUAGUGAAAUAUAGUGCCUGUUACACGCGCUGUUUGAAAUGCAGUGAAAUUCGAUUAAUUCUCGGAUGUAAAAAUUGAUUGGUUAUGAAGGCACAAUUACGUGCACCAGUUUUUGGGAUUUAAGAGGUUGUAAAAGUGUUCAGGGUUUGUGUUUUUAUGUGAAGAGUUUAGCUUAUUUAUAACCAGGGAAGUUAUUCAAGUGAUGUACAGCAUGAUAUAGUUUGUCGUGUAUUAAGUUUAUUAUCGGAGUUAACCGUUCCGUAAAUAAAGCGCUAUAAAAGCACAUUAAAGUUUUAUUUUCUUAUAUCUAGUAAUAUCAAAUUGUGUAAGGUAAAAAAAAGUUGAAAUGGAGUAUACGUGACAAGGGAAUUUAUUCUGAACAUGGUGUGACAGGGUGUAAUGUUCGAACCCUGGCCAAUGCACUCGAUGACCGCAAAGCUUCUCUGGGUUUUACUGAUCUGCGCAACAGCUCUGACAUUUCCAGACUAUGAAUUUGAGCUGCAACUAUAUCAACAGAAUAUUUCAUGGUUAGACUGCCCUCUAGGAUGGACCAAGUUUGAUGCAGAUUGUUUCAAGGUAUAUCAAGACAAAGCUACAUUUUCUGAAGCAUCUACUGUUUGCCGAAGUUGUGGUGGUCAUCUUGUAUACAUUGGGAGUUUAAACAAGAACAAGGCCCUUGGAGAGGUAGUGCAACAAGUAGACACUUCCACGGGUGAUAUAUGGCUUGGUUUUCAAAGGAAGAAUGGUGCAUUUUUAUUAGAUGAUGGGCGUCGUUGGAAUUGGCAUGAUGGGAUAUGGCAGAUAGGUCAACCUCCACUGAAUGACCUUGACCUCUGUGUUUCUAUGACAACUUCUGAAACGUAUGGAAAGUUCCGUUGGAAGCUUGAAAAAUGUGAUCAAACAUUGUCAUUUGUUUGUGAGGUGAAGGCGUGUAUUAAAGAUGAAUUCCGCUGCACAAAUGGCAAAUGUGUCCCGGGUUCAAGGCGCUGUGAUGGCUACAAUGAUUGCCAUGACAACAGUGAUGAAUUAAACUGUAAAGGAGGUUGUGGUGGAGAAGUUUUGGCACCGUCUUACUCAUUCCAGUAUCCUGAGGUAGAUGGCAAAUACCCCUCCAAUACCAACUGUCAAUGGAAGAUACAGGGUCCUGUGAGAAAUAAAAUCAAACUUGAGUUCACCUUAUUUGACCUUGAAGAUGACUAUGACACAUUGAUGGUGAGAGAUGGUCCUACAUUAGAAGACAAGAUCCUUGCUGUAUACACUGGCUCUACCAUACCAGCUCCUAUCACAUCUACCACUAACUUCCUGCUUGUCACCUUCUUCUCAGAUCGCAGUGUAGAGAAAACUGGGUUCAAGGCAAAAUGGGAACCAGUGGAUGCUGGAUAUACGGACAAUCUGGUUGCCAAGGAAACACCAAAAUUUAUUACCUCCCCUGGCUAUCCGGAUACUGCUAUGGGUAAUAUUCACGCUUCAUGGACAAUCUGGGCAGAGGGGGACAUCAUUGGUCUACAGUUAAUUGACUUAGACUUAAGAAAUGGAGAUACAUUGAAGAUUUAUGAUGGGAGAAAUGAGGAUGCUAAUUUGAUGGCAUUCUUCAUUGGAGGAGGUGAUAAUGUACUAGAAGUGCUCUUCACUUCUGGAGAGUAUUCAUUCAUUCAGCUCAAUACUGAUCUCAAGGACACAGGGAGGGGUUUCAAUUUAACAUAUCAAAAAGGUUGUGAUAUUAAAGUUCAAGCAAGUUUUGGAUGGAUUAGUUCCCCUGGAUUCACAGCCGAGCACCAGUAUCCACCAAAGCUACAAUGUACCAUCUCUAAGCUAGAGUCUGGUUCCCAGGAGACAACUCUGUUGUUUAAAAAGUUUGAUACAGAACAAAAUUAUGAUUUAGUUCAGGUUUAUGAAGGUGCAGAAAUAUCUGGUAAAACAUUGCUCAAGAACGCAAGUGGUUAUUUGGAGCCGUGGUCAGUCUCUACAGCUAGUGGUCAGUUUGUGAUCAAGUUUACAAGUGACACUAGUUUAUCAGGACUCGGAUGGACAGUUUCUUUUUCAUACGGUUGUCAUGACAAUGGUGAAUUACCUGCUAAACUUAGCAUUUCAUCUAAACAUACUGCAUAUGGCUCCUCUGUGCUGUACGACUGUGAUACUGGGUACCAGGUAGUUGGUUCCCGGCAUAGAUACUGUGAUAUUGGCGGGCUUUGGGGAUCACCCAGGCCAACAUGUAAAUAUAUUUAUUGUGGUCCUCCUGGGAUAUUGAAGAAUGGUGAACUUCUGAACAUAACCAGUCGUUAUUUUUCGGGCGUGGCAUCGUAUAAAUGUAAUCCUGGGUAUGAGCUGACAGGAAGUAGUGUAGUCACCUGUACAGAUCAUGGCUGGUCUAACUUACCUGUUUGUGAAGAUAUUCUCUGUCCGAAGUUACUUCCUCUCUCAAAUGGAAGGACGUAUGCACCAUACUACAACAGUGUGAAUGAAAGGGUUAGAUUUACCUGUGAUCCUGGCUACCAACUGGUUGGUUAUACCUUUGCAGAGUGUGUUGCUGUUGGCAUGUGGUCACAUGACCUUCCAAAAUGUGUCCCCGGUAAUGAGACUAUGUGCCCAGAGUUGAAGAUCAUCCAUGGUUUUGUGACCAGACAAGAACCUGUCAAAGUUGGAGACAAUGUCACAGUGAUAUGUAAUGAUGGGUUUAGGUUAUCUACAGAGCUUCGUGGUACUUUAACUUGUACAGAGACUGGGGAAUAUAGUACCCCAGUUCCAGAGUGUAUAGAUGUUGAUGAAUGUGUUACCAUAGAGAUGGUUUGUGGUUCUGAUCAUGAAUGUGUUAACACUGUUGGAUCAUUCUGGUGCACUUGUGCAGAUGGAUACCAGCAUACAGAAGAAUCAGAAUUUGGAUGUGAAGAUAUAAAUGAAUGUCUGGAAGAUAAUGGUGGAUGCGAGCAUGAAUGUGAAAACACCGCAGGAAGUUAUACAUGUAUAUGUAAAGAUGGUUACCGUCGUUAUGUUGACAAUACUACAGUUGUUGAUGAUCGUGUUCUAAAACAUAAUAAAUCUUGCUAUGUAUUAUGCCCUGCUUUGCAAGUUAAAGAUGCAACUUUGUUUUACAAUACAACACCAAUACCCGAUGGUAGUUACCUGUACCCAACCUCAGUGUUUAUAAAAUGUCCUAGUAACACUCUUCUUAAUGGUCCAACAUAUUUAGAUUGUCUUGAAGAUGGAAAUUGGAACUACAAUGUAACUAUAUGUGAAGAGGUCCAGUGUGAAGAAGUACCUGCAUUAGAAAAUGGAAUGGUGGAGUAUGUAUCUGACAGGCAACUUGGUACAUUUGUAAAAUUUUCAUGUAACCAUGGUUACAAUCUUGAUGGAAACCAACAUCGGUACUGCCACCUGGUGGAAGAAAUUCCAAUAUGGAGUGGAGAACAGCCAUCUUGUCAAGCUGUAGACUGUGGCAUGCCCCCUGAAGUACCAAAUGGUAUAGAGACAUUCAGAACAACUACAUAUAACAGUGCAGCAGUCUAUACAUGUAAACCAGGAUACAGACUGGUCACUCAGGAUCUUAAUGUUGUAAGAACAUGUUUGGCAUCAGGACUUUGGAGCCCGGACAUAAUUAUGUGUGUUGCUGAUACCUGUCCAACACCUGUGAUGUCAGAGUAUACAUCCAUGAAACCAGAGCCUCAUGUAUACACAAACAGCUCACUAGUGACUUUCACCUGCAAUAAGAAUGGAUAUAAGAUAGCUGAUCCGUACCCAUUGAUGUGUCAAGUUUCAUCUGAACAGAAAUAUUCACCUGACAUCAAACUACCUAUACAUCAUUUGACCUUGACGGUGACCUUGCAAGUAUCGUCUGCUGAGCACCUACAAAACUGUUCACUACAUUACAGUCAGAAAGUGUAUGAUUGGUUAACUCAGCAGUCAAUAAAAAACAAACUAAUAGAGAGCUGUAAAUAUCUCACACCAAGUGAAAUACAAGUACAAGAUGCUGGGGUUAGAAUUGAUAAUGAUUCUAAAAAGAUCAGUAUCAACAAGACACUGGUGUUAUCAUCAGGCUAUAUAUCUAUACCAAUGGUAGAUUCAUGUUUGCGAAGUAUUGGAGAAUGGUUUCAAGGAAAUUCAGCACAGUUCAAACUACAGAGCAGUGCUGAAUGUCCAGAGAUUUCAGAGAAUUAUGGGAAAAUAUUGGUCCACAAGUCUGUACCAUUGUGUGAAGAGGGAGAAAUGGUUACUCUUAAUAAUAUCACUUUUUGUGUCCACAAUACAAAAGUUGCAUCUUCUAAUAUGUUGAGAGACUUUGUGCUUCAUGCUGCUAACUUCUCUAACAGUCUUGAUAUCUAUUCUAACUUGGAACCUAACAUUCUCUUGCCUAAUGCUUCUGUUAUUGACACUCUAGACACAGAAAAACUUUGUUUUAAUGGACAUAGAGAUGCUUCAAAUUGUAGACAGAAAAACAAAUUUUCAGACACAAAAAUUAAAACUGAAAUUUUACAAUCAAGUGCUUUGCAUAUGAAAGUUGAAAAUGCAAAGAAAGAAGAUGUGAUAGUGAUAAAUCAAUCAACAGAACUUGAUUCAAAUUAUUAUGACUAUAGUAAUAGUUUAAAAACCUCUGUUUUAACAGAAUUCACAGAAAAUAUUGAACAAACUGUGUAUACAUUUUCACAAUCAUUUGUAGAUACUAUGUUAAUUUCAUCUGCAUCAUCAUUUAUAUCUGUACCAUUAUCAUCCACCAGUGAACUGUUAUUGUCAGAAACUGUAGAUUCUCAGUUAUCAAAGUCAUCAGAAAAUGAUAGUGAGCUAUACCUGUCAUCAUCAACAUUAUCUUUACCAGCUGUAUACUUUCCACAAAUAACUGUGACAUCAUCAUCAUUAUCAUCAGUUUUACAGCCUUCAUCAUCAACACAUUUAACAUUUUCUAUUCAUGUACCAUCAUCAACAUUAUCAUCAUCAUCAUCACCACCAUCAUCAUCAUCAUCUACUUUUGCAUCUGUGCAGCAUUCAUUAUUGUUUUCAACCAGAGAUCAUCAGUUUACAUCAUCCGAAUCCCAACUGGAAACAACAUCGAAGUAUUCAUCAUCACAAAUGUCUUUAUCAUCUGCUUUACCAUAUUCAUCAACACAGGCAUCCUUGAUUCCAACAGAUGAGGACAUGCAAAAUGCAUUAGAAAAAGGCUAUAAUUCACAAGAUGCCAGUAACGUUUUAUUGCCUUCAUUUCAUUGGUCAUCAAAACCAUUGUCAGAAGAGUAUACCCAGUACAGCUCAGAUUUGUUAUAUAUUGGCUUAUUGUCCAGUGGAUAUAUUGAUGAAAAGUCUGCUCUCAAAAUAGCUUCAUCACUUACUAUGGCAAGUAUAACCAAACAUGAUAUUAAGAAAUCAGAAGCUGCAAAUUAUGUGACUCGACUAUCUCCAUCAUCUGAAAAUUCUCAAUUGGAUAAUAAAUUGCAAGUUGAAAAUAUUUCACAGUCAGUGUUUGAAAUUGACUUGAUAAAAUCUAGCAAUUUUAUAGCAGGUACUGUAAUAGCCUUGCAAACUGAUGGCAAACUAAAUGCCUCAAAGUCAAAUAAAAAACAUUCAGGUGCUAGGCAUGCUUCGGAAAGUGCUGGUGAAUCAGAAGCAGUUUGGAUAGACUUAGUUAGAACAGCGAUCAAACAUAAGACGGGUAUUGAAAUAGUAACCUCUGGUUUGUCAGGUACAUCAGUCACAAGAACUAAAAUUGAUGCAUUUCAUACAGUGAGGAAUGAAUAUGAGAUUGAAAUGCAUUCUUCAAAAGCCAUCAAGCUGUCAGGAGACAAUGAUAGUAAUAUCUUGAAGUAUCCAUGGACAUCGUCAGUUACUGUGUCAAAUGCAUCUUCAGUUUCAGAUACUGAAUCAACAAGUGCUGAAAUGAAAACACUUUCAGCUUCAUUUUCAGAAGAGCAAACAAUAGAUAUGUCUUCUCAUACCAUACCAGAAAUAAUCACAGAGAAAAAAAUAUCUUCUUCUUCUACUAAUGUUGCUUCUCAGAAUAAUACCUUUACCAAUUCUAUUGCUGAAGGAGUUUCUAAAAGGGUUACUGUCUUGACUGAUUCUUUAGCAGUUACUGAUAUUAGUUCUUCACCAACUGUAAGGAUAAAGGAAGUACCUGAAUUAAGUUCAUCUCCUAUUUCAAGUAAUAAACUAGUUUCCAUAAGAAGUGCCUCGUCCCCCCAAAUGCAUGACUCAGCUUUUCAAUCUUACACAACAAAGAUUGGAGACAUAUCAAGGACAAAUGCCACAUCAGAUCAUUUGACUGAUGAAGUGACCGACAUAAGCCCCUCUAAAACAAUGGAAUCACAAAAUGUCAGGAAUGACUUCAGGGAGGAUACAGACAAAGAUGCAACUGAUAAUGCACCUUAUAGAACCGCAUUAGUGACUGAAAUUAGUUCCAAUACAGAUGCAUUUUUAGAAAAUUUUACUGCAAUGAUAGACUUUCCAGAUUCAGAAUCUCCAGAUUCAACAUCUUUAGCAAUAUCUGAAAGCAGUGCUGCUCCUGCUGCAAGUAGUUCAUCAGGCUUCCUAGAAAGCUCUUCUAGUUAUCCUUCUGUCUUGAUUAUAUCAACAGAAAGAGAUACAUCACACAUUUCAAGUGCUGCAGGAAAUACAAUAUUGAAUAGUUCAGUAUCUCUUUCUGUCAUGCCAACAACAACAUACAAUGAAAGUUCAUCAGGAACUGAAAUAAAUGUAUAUCCUUCAGAAAAGACAUCCAUAGAAGUUAAAAAAUAUUCUUCUUCAACUCCUAGAAUAUUAACAAGUUAUGAUUUCACUACUAUAAGAACUCCAUUGAUAAUAAUGUAUAAUAAAACCAGUGCAGCUCAAUCUUUGAACGUUCAGCAAAACAGUGGUAAAAGUGCCUCUGUAACAAAAGAAGAAUUUGAUGGAAUAAAUCCUACAGUAUCAGAGACUGCAGUUGUUCAAGCUGUUGAUAAAGCUGAUAUCUUUUCUACAGACACAGUAGAAACAGAAAGAAUUACUGGAACAUCAAUUGAAACUGGAAAAAGUAUAUCAGACAUUUACAAUUUGCCACUAAAAAUCAGGAUCUUAGACUCAGAGACUUUACUUAGUACAUCAUUAGAUCUUGAUGCUAAUGUACAUGGUACAUAUAAAAGUCUUUGGAAUACAGAUAGAAGGAAUGACAUUGUGAACAAUGGUACAAAAAGGUUUCUAGAAAAUGUUAGAACCAAUACAAAGGAAAUUUCUAGUACCUCUAUUAAAUUGAGUGUUGCCAAGUCAAUACAAGAAUACAGCAGUACAAAAACCAGUCCGAAACCAAUUUCACCAGGAACUGUAUCUAGAGUUGCUCAGGCUGUAGUUUCUAAUGUAAGUGCUUCCCAGAUCCAAAAGCUUGUUAUAAAAACUGAUUUAGCUAUAUCUCAAUUGGAAAUUCUUCCUACUACAACAGUUGUGAAUGUCCAUGAUAUAAAUAACAUGCCUGCUGAUUCUAAAAUGAAACCUUCUAAUACAAGAGUUACACCAUCUCCAGGAAUCUGGGUUCAGACAAGUUCUGAAAUAAAUACCAGACAUAACCAUACUACACUGGGAAAAAUGGAAUCUUAUGGUUUAGAAGCAGGUAGAUCUACUAGUAUGUUCCAAACUGACAUUGUACCUGUAUAUAUUGAAACCUCAAAAUAUUCUAGUGCACCUUCAUUUCAUAGUAAAUUAUUAUCUAAACCUAAACAAUUUGAAAUACAUCCCUCAUUCAUGACUAGUUUUAUAACCCAACAUUUUUAUGCUAGUACUUUACCAGACUCUGUUACAUCAGUUUCUCAACUUGUACCAAAGGACAUUGAUUUUAUUUCACAUAGUACCUCAGAAAGUAAAAGUUUAGUUCCAACACAUACUUCUUCAGUAAUUACUAUGUCUGUCUCUAGUGAUAUAAAUACACAAAGUUUAGAGGUUGGCACUGAUAUAUCCAGUUCAUUAUCACACAUUCAACUAACUAGUGCCAAACAUUUUGUUACCCAUGGGAGUGUAAAGAAACAAAGUGAUGUUUACAAUGACUCUGUGCAUUUAAUUAAAGCAAAUGAUACAUCUCCUGAUAGCAUUUCAAGAGGAGCAAGUGUUAGUGUUACCCAUAUAGAAUAUAUGUCUGGAAAGCAUACUAAGUCUCCAAAUGAAAUGAUUGUAAGUGGUAAGGAAAGUUUUGAAAAUGAUGAAAAAUUCCAAGAAGAUGAAGAUAUCAAAGCACCAGAAACAGAAGAUGUGGAGGAAAUGACAAUAUAUGAUGUUGAAGAUGGUAGAGAAGAAGAAGUAAAAAAGACAGCUGUGUUAACUGUACCAGAUCAACGUCAGCAGAGAAAUUGUAGAUGUAGUAUGGAGACUAUGUAUCUACCAUCGGGUUUCAAUCAAUAUUCAGGUCCUGUUUCCAUGGUGCUAGUGACAGUGUCACUGUCAACAGCUAGUGUAAUGGGAAUGCAGUGUUUGUAUUCUCUCAGAGAACAAGUGAAAAAUGUUACCCAGGUGAUUGUAAACGGUCUUGACCUUGCAGAUUUGUGUCCUGACACACCAAAUAUUGUAAUAUCAGACACGUCUGGAGCCAUGACGUUAAACAACAAACAGGUUGGAAUCAAGAUUCCAUUUUUCCUGUAUGACUUUACAACAACAUCUUUCCGGAAUGUUCAGUUAUGUUCAAAAAGACUUCAAGAUAAUUUUGACAGUCAAUUCAAAUCUAGAGUUCAAAAAGUUGCUGAAACAUUUCGUAAUGAUUGCCCUAAAUUGACAUUUGAACCUGAAAAGUUUGGUUUCCCACUAUCUUUUGCUGUAUGUCGUCAUGGUUUCUAUUAUCAUGAACCGUCUGGAGAAUGUGUGAUCUGUGGGAAUUGUGACAUUAUUCGUACUCCAAUUCCAGUGUUAUCUACAGUAACAACACCUACAAUAGAGACAACAGCAACAGCAGUGUCUUCUGUUAAAACAACAAAAACAUCAGAAAAGUCGGUUACAACUUCGGCUACUCAGACAACAGCAACUGUUAUUACAACUGCGAGUGAAGCUAGUGUCUCAACAACAUAUUCAACAGAGGCUAAGACUUCUCCUUUUAUAUCAACUCAGUUGACUGAAAGCACAAUGACCACAAUGAAAAGCUCCCAAUCUGCACAGCCAACAGAAAUUAGUAGUACCAGAGAAACAACAAAUAUAACUGAACUAAUCACAACAAAAACUGCAAAGCCUACAACAACAGUAUCAACUAAAACAAUUUCAACAUUAACCUUAACAUCCUCUGUUCCAAAACCCUCAGCAUCAGCUUCAGCUCAAACAUCUGAAAAAACAGAAUUGACAUCAUCCACUGCCAAAGUAACAACAUCAACAAAUAUAACCUCACCAAAAUCUUCUACAACUAAGACAACAAUACCAACCACUACAACCAAGGUGACAACAUUGACAACGCUAAGCAAAAGACCAACCACAACACCUACAACAACAACACCAACCACAACACCUACAACAACCACAUCACCACCACCAACCACAACAACACCAACCACUACACCAACAACACCAAGCGCAACCACCACUACAACAACCACAACAACACCAACCACUACAACACCAACCACUACAACACCAGCCACAACAACACCAACCACAACCAUGACAACACCAACCACAACAACAACACCAACUACUACAACACCAACUACUACAACACAAACCACAACAACAACAACCACCACCACAACAAAACCAACCACAACCACUACAACACCAACUACAACAACAACACCAACUACUACAACACCAACUACUACAACACCAACUACUACAACACCAACCACAACAACACCAACCACAACAACACCAACUACUACAACACCAACUACUACAACACCAACCACUACAACACCAACCACAACAACACCAACCACUACAACACCAACCACAACAACACCAACUACUACAACACCAACCACAACCACUACAACACCAACCACAACAACACCAACCACUACAACACCAACCACAACAACACCAACUACUACAACACCAACCACUACAACAACACCAACUACAACCACUACAACACAAACCACAACAACACCAACCACUACAACUACAACAACACCAACUACAACCACUACAGCACCAACUACUAAACCAUCAGCCAUAACUGAGUCAACAACUUUAGAUCAGAUAUCCUCAGAGUCCGUUAUAUCAUCAACAACCACAGCUGAAACUACAACGGUCUCAGGUAAAACUGUUUCAGGUUCACCAUCAGAUCUUAAUACUGCUAUGUCUUCUUCUUCUUCUCCAUUGGACUUUUUCACUCCUUCCUUGCAUGCUUUCACUGCUUUAAAUAUAUCCUCACCAGAUAGUGUAGAAUAUCUAACAAGUACUUUUGGACCAUUAACUACACAAACUUUUGCCACAGAUAUGCCACCUACUAAAACUACAGAUAAAUCAUCAACGAAAGUACAUGAAAUUGAUGUUGAAACAGAAACACCAGAUACUUUCAUUUCAAAUAUGUCUGAAAAAAUUACAGUUGGUGAACAUUUUAGUACCUUACCUCCAGCAGUGUCAACAACAGACUCGAUUUCUACUUUAGAUUCAGGACUAACCACUUUAACAUCUAGCAUGUCUUCAUCCUUUGCAUCUAAUGCUACUCCAUCUGUAAUCCCUAUGUCGCAUGCAGCCUUUCCAACCCCUUCAGAUAAACUUCCUUUGAUGACACCAACAGUUGGAAUAUCACCAAACACUUCAGAUGGGGAAUCUAGCUCAUUAACUACUUCUGCUUCAUUUAACCCUGAUGCAUCAUCCUUUGUUAAGGAACCUUUGUUGCAUGCAGAUUUGUCAACAGAUUCAGCAUUCUUUUCAUCAGCGGACUCUACUGCUUCAUCAGUGGGAUUGGUGUAUAACUUAAAUGAUUCUCUAACACAAUCAUUUCAAACAACAAAAUCUAUUUCUGCUUUAGAUGUACCUUCAACUUCAGAUACAACAAAACCUAGUGCUUCUACACCGAAAACAUCUGAAACUACAACCAAGUCAGUCACAACAACAGAAUACCCUUUUCUUGAAUGUAAUGCUAAACUUGCUGGGGAAGAAAUUUUUGCACAACCAGAUUUAGAUUUUUCAAAGGAACAGAUGAAAGUCUGGUGGAAACAACAAAUGGAUUGCCAAACAAAUAAUAAUGUCUGCAUUACUGGGUAUAAUGCAUGGCUAGCAAAUAUUUUACCUGACCGGGAGCUUUACAUCAAUAGUAUGGACAGCUGGAAAGAAAAUUGUGUUGGCAUUUACCUGAAAUUAAGCUUUACAGUAGAGGCAUUCUCAGCAAACAAGGUGGAGUUUAUAUCAGUUGUUUCUAUGGCAACAAUGGCUGGCUAUGAUGUUGGUGUCAAUCAGUUGGGACCCUGUGCAUCCUCUAUCCUACAAGAUGAUGAUCUUCAACAAGUUGUAUGCCUUCUAGGGGUAACUGAAAUUCAAACUUUGAAUGGUGAUUCACUAGGUACAGAUUGUAGGCCAAUAUCUACACUUGGAAUUACAUUAAAAUCAUACCAUGUGUCAGUGGAGUGUACAGAAGGAUGGACAAAAGGCCCUAGUGGUGUAUGUGAGCAAGUUACGACUACACCAGAGUUGACAUCAGCUGUACCAGAGAUUACAACAACAACAGUGACCACCACCACAACAACAACAAAACCACUAGAGAAGUUGGAAUGUUACACAUGCUCAUAUGGUGCCAGUAACCAUGCCUGUAAUACAACAUUUGAGAAUUGUGUUAAGGAAGAUGCUGUUUGUCAGACACAGGUUGAUUAUAGUGGAAAACAAUUAAAAUCCAUCUCUAAAUCAUGUCAGGAAAGAAGUGUUUGUGAGUUAAACCAAGGUUCUUCAACUUGUAGCGUAACUUCUAAUAAUGCCCGAUGUAUAUACUGUUGUGAUGAGAAGAGAUGCAACAGAGAUGUUGACUUGCUGAAUUUUGAAAAACCAGGAAACGACAAAGGUCGAAGAAAACGAUCAAGUGGAUCAAAUUUUGUAUAUGAUGCUGAAGAAAAUACAGUGGAUAAUGGCAAGAGUAAUGUAAGAGAAUCUUUGUACUUAAAAGAUGCAAAUAGAGAAGAGCAUGAAAAGAGAAUAAAGAAGAGGUCAAUUUUUCAGGAGGGGUCAUUGGGGAAAUGGAAUGGAACUGUACCAAAAUGUAUAGAUAUGGAGAAUCCAGUAUUCAGUGACUGUCCUAAGGAGCCGAUAAAAGUGACUGGUUCUAUAUUACCUGUGCUUGUAACAAUAAAGUUACCUGUUGCCACUGACAACUCGGGCAUGGAACCGGUCAUUACCGUAGAGCCUGACUUUACAUGGCCUUACUUUGAGGUUACUGAGGAUACAGUACUAACAGUGACAGCUACUGACAGUAUGUUGAACUCGGCCACCUGUAAGAUUACUGUACAGGUUGCGUUGGAGACUGGAUGUCCUAGGCUUCAUGUACCACCAAGUGUCCAACUGUCAUGUAAACAGCAUGAACUGGUGGAGAUGUGCGUAGCAACGUGUAAAGAUAACUCAGUGUUUAUACAACAACCAGUUGAUCAAUAUAUAUGUACAGGAAAUGGAACAUGGACUCCAUCAUACUUUAUACCAGACUGUGUCCUAGAUGGCUAUAGUGAAUGCCCUAUAUGGAAAUACAAUGUUACCUGGACUUUAGUGGCAGAUGAAUGCGUGGGUAUACAGUGUAAUUGUGAAUUUACGUCUGCUGUGGAAGAUGCACUCAACAAAAAACUAGCAAACAACACUGCUAAAGUUUCAGUGAUUAAGAUUGUGUCCAGUAAUGUUAAUGGAGAGAUUCUCAUUCAUUCAUUGUUCAAUCUCACGGGUACCCGUCGAUCAUCACAAGAUACCUGUCCUAGGCUGACUGAUCUUACUGUACUUAAUAACCUACAGUUGGUGAACAAUUGUAACAAAGCUGCAAAAUUAGUGGACCCAAUGUUACAUAAUAACCAAACAGAUCAUCUCUGUCCCAGAUAUCGAGUCCGGUCAGUUGACCCAAAAGCUGAUGACUUGUGUUGGCCGUGUCCACUAGGAAUGGAAGCUAGGACAGAUGUGUGUCUACCUUGUGUAGUUGGAAGUUAUCGUGACAGUCUGUCACAAACUUCAUGUGUGCUUUGUCCUGAAAACAAAUCAACAGAACAUACACAUUCUAGAAACCAGUCUGACUGUAAAGUAAUAUGUGAUGCAGGUACUUUCUCCACUACUGGUUUGGCACCAUGCCACAGCUGUCCAGUAAAUACCUACCAGUCAGAGGAUACCCAGAAAAGUUGUGAACAUUGUCCGACAGGAAUGUGUACCUCUGGUAAUGGGUCUAAAUCUAUACUCGACUGUAGUGAGAGUAACUGUGUGAAGGGAAAGUGCUCCAGUUCACCUUGUCAACAUUCUGGGAAAUGUUCAGAUAUAGGUGGAUCUUACUAUUGUCAUUGUACUGAAGGUUAUACAGGUGACCAGUGUGAGCUUCCUGUUGACCCCUGUACUGAUGACCCUUGUAACUAUGGCAAUUGUGUCUUUAACCAGGUUGAUAAACAAACAACAUGUUAUUGCUAUGCAGGAUUUACUGGAAAAGAUUGUUCGGAGAACAUUGAUGAUUGUAUAGACAACAAAUGUCAGAAUGGAGGUGUGUGUCAUGAUAUGAUUAACUCAUAUAUCUGUAACUGUACAGAUACUGGUUAUUUUGGAGAAUACUGUGAACACAAGAUAAAUUAUUGUAACCAUAGCAACUGUUUGAAUGGAGGUGAAUGUAUUGAAGUGGACAAUGGAUUUACUUGCAACUGUUCAGAAGAGUAUAGUGGUGAAUUUUGUGAAGAGGAGAUAUCUACAUGUAGUGAUGAUGUCUGUAGUAACAAUGGUGUUUGUGUUUCCAGUCUACCAAACAUUGUCUGUGUCUGUAAUACAAGUUAUACUGGUGAAGACUGUUCAGUUAAAUUACAUUGUGAUGAGAGUCAUUGUAGUUACCAUGGUUAUUGUUUCCAAAGCAAGAAUGGAAUAACAUGUAGUUGUCAUGAAGGUUUCACAGGGGAAAUAUGUGAAGAGAAAAUUGUUCGCCAUUGUGACAGUAGCCCUUGCAAUGAAAACAACUCUCUAGAAUGUAUAGAUGAUGCUUAUGGCUUUAAAUGUAUAUGUGAUACAGGUUGGCAAGGAAAGCUAUGUGUUGAGGAGAUAAACCAUUGUGAUUCAGAACCAUGUGAGAAUGGGGCUACCUGUAGUAACCAUGGAGACAGUUUCAUAUGUCAUUGUGCUGCAGGAUUUGCUGGUGAAACUUGUCAGACAAACUUGGAUGAAUGUAUCAACAGUCCAUGUGUAAAUGGCGGUGUAUGUGAGGAUGGGGUCAAUGAGUACAAAUGUAUAUGUCAGAUAGGUUGGUCAGGUGACAGAUGUACCGAGGAACACGACGCCUGUAUAUCCUCACCAUGUGUACAUGGAACAUGUCGUGAUAAAAUGCAGGGUUAUGUUUGUUUAUGUGAGAAUGAAUGGACAGGGGUACAGUGUGAUACACCUAUAAACCCAUGUUUGUCAUUACCAUGCCAGAACAAUGGUACCUGUUCAUCACAUAAUGAAAUUGCAUUUUGUGCCUGCACACCAGAAUACACUGGUAAAAACUGUGAAUCAGAGGUCAGCCCAUGUGCUUCAGGUCCUUGCUUGAAUGGUGGAAUUUGUACAGUUUCUAGUCAGACAUUUGUGUGUCAUUGUUUAUCUGGUUACUAUGGUGACAGAUGUGAUAAAAGUGUGGCACAAUGUAAUUACACUGUGUGUAAGAAUGGUGGGAAAUGUAUAGAAGAAGAUUCAAAUGUCCGGUGUCAGUGCUUACCAGGAUUUUAUGGAUCAAGAUGUCAGGAAGAAAACUCGCCAGACUUUGAGAUGACAUUAACAUUGGAUAAACCAGUAUCUUGCAGCACAGACAUGGUAACAAAAGCAGUAUCAGCUAUUACUAUAUGUUGCUGGUUUAAAAUUGUUGAAGGUGGUGACAUGCCCGGUGGUAAGGAUAUAUUACAGAUGCUAGAUGAUAGUGAACAGUCAUUAUUGACAAUCAAGAAAGAUAGGCUUGUAGUUUCCUUCUGGCCAACAGAGGGAGCCACGAGACAUGUAGUCAGUCUAGAUAUAACUGACCAAUCAUGGCAUCAGGUUUGUUUUACAUGGUCAGCUGAUGGUGAAUGGGCAGUCUAUGUUGAUGCUGUAUUGAAGCAUACCAGCAACGGAUAUGGCUCGGGAAAUGAAUUAAACAGAUUUAGGGUGAUAGCAGGUAACAUAGAUGGUUCUAUUGGAGGGGCUGUCACUGGAAUUAAUGUUUAUAGUAACGUAGAUAAAUGCACUAGUAAUGAGGGAGAUGUUGUAAGCUGGUUCGAGUUUGAGUCUUGUGCCAGGCAGAAUGAUAUGGCUGUUUCACCAAGUUCCUGUCCAGAGAGUCAAUGUUCGGGAUUACUAACUACAGAUUGUAAUAUUUCAGAUAAGAUUCCACCUGAAAUUGUUUUCUGUCCUAAAGAUGUUGUAGAGGUCAUGUUGAAUGAUGACCUUUCCACAGAGAUCAGUUGGCCUUCACCCCUGUUUAAAGAUGAUUUUGGGGUUGUAGAUAUAAAGCAGUCCCAUCAACCAGGACAAAUAUUCACUUUUGGAGAAUAUCCAGUUACUUACACAGCAUUUGAUGCCCAGCUUAAUUCAGUCUCUUGCACUUUUACUGUCAUUGUUACACCCAAGACAUGUGUAGAGCCUGAUGCCCCUCUCCAUGGUGAUGUGUCAUGUGAUAAACAAGGGGAAUAUGGGAUGGAAUGUACUGUUGUGUGUUUAGAUGGCUACAUGUUUGUAGAAGAGGUUGCAAGACUGUAUGCAUGUAGAUAUGGUUUGUGGGAUCCACCUAGAGGAAAAAAUUUCAUAUUUCCACCUUGUGCUAGAUUUGAACCACCUUUGAUGGAGUUUGAUGGAUUUUUACAACUGUUGGGACCAGUGUGCUCUGAUUCAGCUAAACUGGAUCUUAUUGACUUACUUAGUGAAGAGUUUUCCCAGACUGGUUUAUGUCCUAGUGUAGACUGUGACACAGCCAGCAUUAAUGUAGACUGUAUCCUCAGCAAUGUCAUCAAGAGAUCUGUUGAGCCAGUCCAUUUUAAUGUGACAUUCAGUAUUAGAAACAAUGAGUUGACAUCUGAGAAUUCAUCCACUGUAAUGGGUCAGUUUGAAAACUCAUUGAAAUCAGGUAUUGGUGAAUUUGAAACAGUUGAUAUAUCUGUAACAACAGAACAGUCGUGUGACAUGGGGCAGGUCCUCAGUCAAGGAAAUUGUGUAAACUGUGGUCCAGGGUACUUCUACAAUGCCACAGCUGGACUGUGUCAACAAUGCAGGGUAGGAAAUUACAAUGACUUAGAGAAGCAGACUACAUGCAAGUCAUGUGAUCAAGGAAAGACAACUCUCACAGCUGGUUCUGUUUCUGAAAAUCAGUGUUACUAUAUUUGUGAGAGGGGCUAUUACCUUCUUAAUGAAGAUUGUGAGCCCUGUGAAGUAGGAUUUUACCAGGAUACGAGUGGAUCUACUUCCUGUAAACCCUGCCCCCUAGGUCAUACAACACAAUAUGAUGCUUCUAAGUCAUUAAAUGAUUGUAAUUUUAUGUGCAAUAUUUUGGGCAUGGAGAUGUCAGUUGAUGGGAGUUGUGUCCCUUGUCCUGUAGGCAUGUACAAAGAGGAGAGGUCAGAGGUCACAUGUCAGUCUUGUCCCUAUAGUUACACAACUAUGUACACUGGUUCCAAAAGUAUACAAGAUUGUUCAUUUGUAAAAUGUAAAUCAGGGGAGAGAAGAACUGUCAACAAUACUUGUGAGUUGUGUCCCUUAGGAACAUAUCAGGAAAAUGAUGAUAAAGAUUGUUGCACUAGGUGUAACUUUGGCCAAACAACUCUCAGACAAGGAUCUGUAUCUAGUUCAGAAUGUGUCACCAUGGAAACAGACAAGGAUCCAUGUGACCUUGACCUACAUGGUUGUGGUGAGGUCACAGGAGUAUGUACAGGAGUUGAUACUUCAUACAAUUGCCAAUGCUGUGAAGGGUCUACUUACCAAAAUGGAGUUUGUGUUGAUAAUUGUGCCGGUAAAUGUGAGAAUGGUGAUUGUAGUAAAGAUACAGAAGGAAACCCUAAAUGUCUUUGUCAUGACGGUUACCAUGGUUUAAAGUGUGAACUAGAAAUUGAUACAGGUAUUGGUACAGGUGCUAUAGCAGGUAUAGGUGUUACGUCUGUGGCAGCUCUUCUUGUUAUAUUGGCCUGUAUAUUCUUAUGUUUUAGAAGGCAGCUAAAUAAGAACGGUGAGAGUUAUUUCCCUGUACAUCGUAGUGAUAUACGAUCAAGUUUCCGAGCUAUUGCUUUAGCCAUGAAUCCAAUGAGAUUUGAGGGAAGGAGUACUACAAGGACACAUUCUUCUACUCUAGCUAGUACACAGAUCCCGAGACCUCAGUGGAGAGAGAUUGAGAAUGCAAGCAAUAGUAGUGGACAAACAAGUGAUAGCUAUUUCUGAUAUAUCUUAACUUGUGACAGCUCUUUCUGAUAUGCUUGAAACUUAUAUUGGUUAUUUCUGAUGAGACAAGUAUUUGUUACACAUAUACCAGUCGUAAAUAAGUGACUGCUACUUCUGAUAUCUAGACUAGUGUAUUUUGAACAGUAAUAGCUAUUUCUGAUACAUAAUUGUGUGAAUGUUAUUUCUCAUAUUUGACUUUUUUUACUGUAUUGUUAACAUAAAUUUGCUAGUGGCAGCUAUUUUAGAUAAGAAAGUCUUUAUAGACAAUCAGACAAUUCAUAUAAGGAUGAAGAAGUAAUAUUUAGUUAUUUUAGAAAUUAGCUUGUUUAUAUUGAUAACAUUUUUUCUGUGCUGGUUAGAAAGUCUGAGAUAUAUGUUGAAUGCAAAAUUAUCAUGGAGGACAAAAUGAUUCAGCAAUAUUUAUCAUUAUAUUUGUAAAAUGUCAUUAAACUUCAGUGAUGUCCUUCUGUAAACAGGGAAUCAAUGUGUAAGAUAAAUAUGACUUGGAAUUUGCAUGUUAUACCUCAUUUAUCUAUGAUAAAAUGUCUGAUCGGCAGUUGUCCUAGAUUUGACCCUGUCCUUGAUUUGACACCAUACUUUGUUCAGUGUCUCAUAGUCAUAGUAUAAUAAAUUUUAUGUAGUGUCAAAUUUCCAUCAAUGUAGAGGUUUGAACAAGUAGAAAUAAAGUGUUUAAAACUUAUAUAGAUACACUGAAGGAAGUGCUAGCAUGAAGAAUAUUCACCCGAGGAUAUGCCUUUUCAUUCAUGUUUCAUUACAUGUGACUGCUGAUGUAAUUCGGGCAAUAUGUUUUGAAUGUAUAUACUUUGGGAUUUUUUUCAUCAAUGAUAUAUUGUAUAUGAUAUCAAACUUUUUUGUAGGUUAUUUUGUUCAGGUGUUAAAGAAAGUCAUUCAUUAUUCAUAUUAUGUUUAUAAACAUAUCACAUGUCAUGAUAUAGUCUUUCGUUUGAUACAUCACCAGUUUCUUGUACAUAUGUGAAUAUGUUAUACCUGAUUUGUAAAGUGGGAUUUUCUGAUGCAUGUGUAUUUUGUAUAUUUCUGUUCCAGUGUAUCUUGUAGUAAAAGAAUUGUAGAAAUAAAACAAAAAUGCUACGUAUGAGGACAUCAAAUCAAAUGAUCAAUAUUGUUUUUAAUUUAAUUAUUGCUGAUGUUAUAUUUGUUAUUCAUUCUUGGUGGACAUAAUUUGACUUUUUUAGGAGAUGGUAAUUGUUUGGUGUGCUAGAACCAUAAUAAAAUGAAAAUGUAAUGCAGAUUUAUUAUGCUUUUAAACAAACGAAAACAUUUUUUCUGCAUUGACCUGUAUUGACUCUUUACCUACUGGAACUUGAAAUGACUGGCUUUUGCUGCCAAUACAGAGCCAGGCCAGCUUGUAUUUCAAUGCAGUUUGACCAGACUCUAUACUGUUGGUAGCUUAAUUUUUGUAUUUUGAUAUUGAAAUCCCUUGCAUAUUAAAUAAACUGUUCCAAAUCCUUAAAAAUUAAAUGGACAGUUCCAACUUAAAAGGGGAAGACGGGGAAACCUAUAGCACAAAUUCAACAGGUUUAAAGUUAAUGUCAUGGAAUUGUAAGUUUAUUUUAUUGUGUUAACAACUACUGGUAUUACUUUUCUCUCAUUUAAAACACAGAAAUACACUUGUAAUGGGAACAGUGAAAUAAUCAAGGAGCAGUAAUGUGCUUCUGUACUCAUGGGAAGCAAAUGAUGUCAGUAAAUCAAUGUUUAAACUUGUAAAAUAUCAGCUGAGAGAAUUUAAAUGUCUUCUUCGGCUUUCUAGAAUACAGAAACAUUUGAGUAUUUGUGUUCCAAGUGGGAAAUAGUUUUUCCAGGGCUUUUUUUUGUACAUUGUUUUGUGACAAUCAGUGUAUAUAUGUUAACCAUUUUGAUAUUAUUUUCAUUGUACAUAUAGAUAUCAUAUGUGAAUUAUGUAAAUAGAUGUUGGUUUAACCAGCAAACUGUGCAGGGGUUUUGUGGAUUGAUUUGUCCCGAUAUUGAUAUUUUGAAAUUUUCUUUGACUUUGUUUUGUUUCAAUAUGUUUAUUUAUGCUUUAAUCACCAAUAGUGAUUCAUACCUUUAAAAAAAGUAAGUUUGAACAUUAUUGUAAGUAGGUAUUUUAAUAUUUUUAUUAACUUUUUUUGUUUAGUUGAGGAUGAAGAAAUAUCUACAAUUCUGCCAUAGAUUUGUUUUAGUUGUUAAAGAAAAAAAACCUUUUACUUGUUCAGUUCAAAAUCAUUAAUAAGUAAAAGUUAAAAGAUUUGUCUUUUUGUUCUUGGUUUUCCAUUGCUAUUGUUUAUAGUUAUUGUUUGUAAAUUAUGUUAAUAGAUAUUAUGUGUAUAAAGUUUAAGGAAAAAAUGUGAUUUCAUAGAUUAUGGUGCCAUAUAUAGUCUUCUUUGUAAAUUGUUUAGAAGUGUUUUUAAUCAGUUUUUAAUGCAGACAUCUCUUUACUACUUCAUAUACCAGAUUUUUCUCUGCCUAAGAGACUUUAUUAAAAGGCUUGUUGUUUUGUUGUUGUUUUUUUGUUGUUUUUUUUUAAGAAAGUUAGAGUUAAGAAUCAGUGAGCGAUUAACCUUGUGUGAAAUAUUGGGUGAUAUUUUGUAUUAAUUUGAAAACAAAACUUUUCUAAUACCAUCAAAAUUCAAAAUUUGAUAAAUAUUCUAUAGACAGUCUAGGUAAAUUAUACUUGUCUGGAGAUUUUGGCAUUUUAAUAUGUCUUUUGGACAAAUUUGUUUUACUACCUACAUUUCAAAACCACCAAUUCAGUUUCUGUCUCGCCAAAUAUGCAAAUUUUACAUGCAGACUGAUUAAAAACACUAGAAACAUUUUACAAAGUAUGAUAUAAAUUUGGAAAAUACCAUGCCAGUGGCAGAGGUAGUGUUUCCAGAGAGUUGUGUGCAAUUAUUUGUCAUGUUAUUUAUGUUACAGACAUUCCAAAAUUGUUGUUCUUGUUUUUGAUAUAUUUAGUAAAUAAAGAUGUGGAAUGAU